GUUGAGAGGGAUCAAAAAUGCCAUCCAGAAGUGGUCACAGCCUUGUUUUACCUAUCCUACUAUCUCUUGUUGCGGUAGCACAUUGCAACUUUCCUACCCUGGACCGUUUGAAACCGCAAGCCAGCGAAAAGACCCAGGAAAGAGCAGUGACCGACCUUCUGAAGCGUCUGCUCAGGGAAAGAUGUCGAGAGUUCAUCGUAUCAGUCAACAGGAGCCUGUCCAACGACAGCCUGGACGUGUGUGAGCUCCGGUCGACGAAAAACAACAAGAUCUUCGCGACGGGCACAACCGGGGUUGCCGUCGCGUCUGGUAUUUAUAACUACUUGAAAUAUUUCUGCAACUGCCAUGUUUCUUGGUUCGGUGACCAGCUGGAUCUGCCCCGUCCUUUGCCCCGGCUCACUGGUGUCCUGCGCAUCAACACGCAACACAGAUUUCGGUAUUAUCAGAACGUGUGCACUGUCAGCUAUUCCUCUGUGUGGUGGGAUUGGCCGCGAUGGGAGAGAGAAAUCGAUUGGAUGGCUCUCAAUGGCAUCAACCUACCGUUGGCCUUCACUGGUCAAGAGGCUAUUUGGCAAGUGGUUUACCGUGCUCUGGGUUUGAACCAGUCAGAGAUAGAGGACUUCUUCUCUGGACCUGCUUUUCUAGCCUGGAACCGUAUGGGGAACAUGUUUGAGUUUGGUGGACCCCUUCCACAAUCCUGGCAUGUGAAACAGCUAAACCUCCAAUUUAAAAUCUUGGAGCAAAUGAGAUCUUUUGGGAUGAUCCCCGUUCUCCCGGCUUUUUCUGGUAACAUACCGAAGGGAAUUCUCAGGUUGUAUCCAAAAGCUAAUGUGACCCAGUUGGGGCCUUGGGCUCAUUUCAACUGCAGUUACUCAUGUGCCUACAUCUUGGACCCCCGUGACCCUCUUUUCCUCGAGAUUGGUUCCCUCUUUUUGUCCCAGGUGGUGAAACAGUUUGGGACGGACCAUAUCUACAACACAGAUACCUUUAAUGAGAUGAUCCCUCCUUCCUCUGAUCCUAACUACUUGUCUGCAGUCAGUCGCUCUGUCUUUGCCUCCAUGACUGCAGCUGAUCCCCAGGCAAUUUGGCUCAUGCAAGGUUGGCUGUUCUUUAGUGCUGCAUCAUUCUGGAAGCCGGCCCAGAUUAAGGCCCUUCUGCACGGAGUGCCCAUUGGUCGCAUGAUCGUGCUGGACUUGUUUGCAGAGACCGAGCCAAUUUUUUCCUACUCUGAGUCUUUCUAUGGACAGCCAUUCAUCUGGUGCAUGCUGCACAACUUUGGAGGCAACAGCGGUUUGUUUGGCACUGUUGAGAGCAUCAACUCGGGACCAUUCAAAGCCCUGAACUUCCCCAACUCCACCAUGGUGGGCGUAGGCAUGACACCUGAAGGUAUCGAGCAGAAUCCUGUGGUGUACGAGCUGAUGAGCGAGCUGGCUUGGCGCAAGGAGCCUGUCAACUUGGCAAAGUGGGUUUCGCUGUAUGCUGUCCGGCGCUACGGUAGCACGGAUGAGAACCUGACUGCAGCAUGGAGGCUUCUGUUUGCCAGCGUCUACAACUGCACUGUGCCGCACUACAAAAACCACAACCACAGUCCACUGGUGAAACGACCUUCGUUCCGCUUGAAAACCGAGCUCUGGUAUGACCCGGCUGAUUUGUACAAAGCCUGGAAACUUAUUAUUGAGGCGGCCCCGUCUCUCAUGUCUAAGGAGACAUUCCGGUAUGACCUCGUGGAUGUAACACGGCAGGUCUUGCAGGUACUUAUGUCUGCAUUUUACCAUGAUAUCACAGAGGCUUUCCAGAGCCAGAAACAUUUGGAGUUGCUGACCGCGGGAGGCGUUCUCGUCUACGACCUCUUGCCCGAGCUGGACAAUCUGCUGUCUAGCGAGCACAACUUCCUUUUGGGGGUGUGGCUGGAGCAGGCGAGGUCCUUAGGCCUGGACGAGAAGGAGGUGCAGCUCUACGACUUGAAUGCCAGAAAUCAGAUCACUCUAUGGGGCCCCAGUGGUGAGAUCCUGGAUUAUGCCAGCAAGGAGUGGGGAGGCCUGAUGAGGGAUUACUAUGCCCAGCGCUGGAGCCUGUUUGUCAACAUUCUGGUGGAGUGUCUUGACAGCGGAAGGCCGUUCAAGCAAGACACCUUCAACCAAGCCGUCUUCCAGGUAGAGAAGGGCUUCGUAUACAAUGGCAGGAAGUAUCCAACCAAACCUCAGGGUGAUACAUACGAGAUCGCCUACAGGAUCUUCCUAAAGUACUACCCACAGGCCUUGAAAAGACUAUAG